UUUCCACACCUUAAAGCCAAUAUAAAGCAUAGAAACUUCACUGGGCAUCGUCACUUGCUCCAACAUCUCUGAAGGCAAAAUGAAAAUCCUUGUGGCAUUUCUGGUGGUGCUGGCACUCUUUGGGAUACAAUCUCAUGGAUAUGAGGUUUACAACACCAUCAGUCCAAGUAAAAAUGGCGGCAAUGUUCAGGAGACAAUAACAAUUGACAAUGAAAAAAACAUCGCCAUCGUUAACAUCCACGCGGGAUCAUGCUCUUCUACCACAAUUUUUGAUUAUAAACAUAGUUACAUCGCCUCCAGAGUGUUCUCCCGAAGGGCCUGCUACAUCCUGAAGAUGGACCAUCGAGCCAUCCCUGCUCUGGACCAACUCCAACGUUACAUCUACGAGCGCAAGGCUCUGAAUAGCAUGUUUUCCCCAAAAUACACCUGGGUCAAGUACAACCCCCUGGAGUCUCUGAUCAAACACAUGGACUGGUUCCUGUUUGGUUCACCCAUUAAACAACUCUGUGAACAUGUCCCCUUGUAUAAGGGAGAAGUGGUUGAAAAAGAAUAUACUGGUGCUGGAGGCUGUGCAAAGGUUGGGCUCCUCGGCAUCCUGGGAAUUUCCAUCUGUGGAGACAUUCACGUUUAGGAUGAUCAACCCACUGGUUACAUUUUUCAAAGAAAUACACUCCUGGAUUCCAUUUAUAAGCCACAUUAAAUUCUUUCCCAAUGCCCCAAUUAAUUUUGCAAUUCAGUAGUAAAAUAUAAAUGCUUUAUUUACAAAUAUCUUGGUUUUUGCUUUUUUUGUAAGUAGUAAAAGGAAGCCAAGCAAUGUUAAUAUCCAUAUAAAAGAAAAUAAAAGACAGGAUUUCAACUAAAGUACAUCAUGUGUGAAAAUUCCUAGAUAUUAUAGCUGAGCCACUUACAGAUCAAUAAAUUGGAUGUGAAUCUCCAUUUCUGCAUCUGCUCACUAGACCAGCUGCCUGUAUGACUUUCCCAGUGCACUGGCUCAGUCUGAGGGGAGUAGGGGCUCAGAUAGUGGUGGUCUCAAUAUGAUGAGGAGAAAAAACUUGGUAUACUCUUAUUAAUAACUCACCUGCUCAGGGUGAAGGCAACUAUCCCUUCUAACAAGUGUUGAAGCUUUGAAGACCAUUCAUAUACAUUUUAGGAAACGU